AUGGACGUGGUCGUGGACGUGGUCGUGGACAUGGACGUGGACGUGGACGUGGUCGUGGACGUAGUCGUGGACGUGGACGUGGACGUGGACCUGGACGUGGAUGUGGACGUGGACGUGGACGUGGUCGUGGACAUGGACGUGGACGUGGACGUGGACGUGGACGUGGACGUGGUCGUGGAGGUGGAAGUGGACGUGGACGUAGUCGUGGACGUGGACGUGGAUGUGGACCUGGACCUGGACGUGGACGUGGACGUGGUCGUGGACCUGGACCUGGACGUGGACGUGGACGUGGACGUGUUCGUGGACGUGGACGUGGACGUGGUCGUGGACGUGGACGUGGACGUGGACGUGGUCGUGGACGUGGACGUGGACGUGGACGUGGACCUGGACGUGGACGUGGACAUGGACGUGGACGUGGACUUGGACGUGGACGUGGACGUGGAUCUGGACGUAGACGUGGACGUGGACAUGGACGUGGACAUGGUCGUGGACGUGGACGUGGUCGUGGACGUGGACGUGGACAUGGACGUUGUCGUGGACGUGGACGUGGACGUGGACGUGGACCUGGACGUGGACGUGGACGUGGACUUGGACGUGGACGUGGACAUCGACGUGGACGUGGACCUGGACAUAGACGUGGACGUGGACGUGGACGUGGUCGUGGACCUGGACGUGGUCGUGGACGUGGUCAUGGACGUGGACGUGGACGUGGACUUGGACUUGGACGUGGACGUGGACGGAGACGUGGACGUGGUCGUGGACGUGGACGUGGACGUGGUCGUGGACGUGGACGUGGACGUGGACGUGGUCGUGGACGUGGACGUGGACGUGGACCUGGACGUGGACCUGGACGUGGACGUGGACGUGGACUUGGACGUGGACGUGGUCGUGGACGUGGACGUGGAAGUGGACGUGGUCGUGGACGUGGACGUGGACGUAGUCGUAGUCGUGGACGUGGACCAGGACCUGGACGUGGACGUGGACGUGGACGUGGUCGUGGACGUGGACGUGGUCGUGGACGUGGACGUGGACGUGGACGUGGACGUGGACAUGGACGUGGACGUGGACUUGGACGUGGACGUCGACGUGGACAUGGACGUGGGCGUGGACGUGGAUGUGGACGUGGACGUGGACCUGGACGUGGACGUGGACAUGGACGUGGACGAGAACUUGGACGUGGACGUGGACGUGGACAUCCACGUCGACGUGGACCUGGACGUAGACGUGGACGUCGACGUGGUCGUGGACGUGGACCUGGACGUGGUCGUGGACGUGGUCGUGGACGUGGACGUGGAGUUGGACUUGGACGUGGACGUGGACGGGGACGUGGACGUGGUCGUGGACGUGGACGUGGACGUGGUCGUGGACCUGGACGUGGACGUGGACGUGGACGUGGUCGUAGACGUGGACGUGGACCUGGACCUGGACGUGGACCUGGACGUGGACGUGGACUUGGACGUGGACGUGGACGUGGACGUGGUCGCGGUGGUGGACGCGGACGUGGACCUGGACGUGGACGUGGACGUGGACGUGGACUUGGAUGUGAACGUCGACGUGGACGUGGAGGACGUGGACGUGGACGUGGAGGACGUGGACGUGGACGUGGACCUGGACGUAGAUGUGGACGUGGACGUGGACUUGGACAUGGACGUGGACGUGGACUUGGAGGACGAGGACGUGGAUGUGGAGGACGUGGACGUGGACGUGAAAGUGGAGGACGUGGACGUGGACGUGGAGGACGUGGACGUGGACAUGGACGUGGUCGUGGACGUGGACGUGGACAUGGACAUGGACGUGGACGUGGAUGUGGUCGUAGACGUAGUCGUGGACGUGGACGUGGUCGUGGACGUGGACGUGGUCGUGGUCGUGGACGUGGACGUGGACGUGGACGUGGUCGUGGACGUGGACGUGGUCGUGGACGUGGACGUGGACGUGGACCUGGACGUGGACGUGGACGUGCACGUGGACGUGGACGUGGACGUGGACGUGGUCGUGGACGUGGACCUAGACGUGGACGUGAACCUGGACCUGGACCUGGACGUGGACGUGGUCGUGGACAUGGACGUGGUCUUGGACGUGGACGUGGACCUGGACAUGGACGUGGACGUGGUCGUGGACAUGGACGUGGACGUGGUCGUGGACGUGGACCUGGACGUGGACGUGGACGUAAACGUGGACGUGGACGUGGUCGUGGAUCAGGACGUGGACGUGGACGUGGACGUGGACCUGGACGUGGACGUGGUCGUGGACGUGGAUCAGGACGUGGACGUGGUCGUGGACGUGGUCGUGGACGUGGACGUGGUCGUGGAUGUGGUAGUGGUCGUGGACCUGGACGUGGACGUGGACGUGGACUUGGAGGACGUGGACGUGGACGUGGACGUGGAAGUGGUCGUGGACGUGGACGUGGUCGUGGACGUGGACGUGGUUGUGGACGUGGUCGUGGACGUGGACAUGGUCGUGGACGUGGACGUGGACGUGGACGUGGACUUGGAGGAGGUGGACGUGGACGUAGACGUGGACGUGGUCGUGGACGUGGACAUGGACGUGGACUUGGACGUGGACAUGGACGUGGACGUGGACGUGGACGUGGUUGUGGACGUGGACGUGGUCGUGGACAUGGACGUGGACAUGGAUGUGGACGUGGACGUGGAUGUGGAGGUGGACGUGGUCGUGGACGUGGUGGACGUGGACGUGGACGUGAAGGACGUGGACGUGGACCUAGAGGACGUGGACGUGGAAGUGGACGUGGACGUGGACCUGGACGUGGACGUGGACUUGGACAUGGACGUGGACGUGGACGUGGUCGUGGACGUGGACGUGGUCUUGGACGUGGACGUGGACGUGGACUUGGACGUGGACGUGGACGUGGACAUGGUCGUGGACGUGGACGUGGACCUCGACCUAGACGUGGAUGUGGACGUGGACGUGGACAUGGACGUGGUCGUGGACAUGGACGUGGACGUGGACGUGGACGUGGUCGUGGACGUGGAAGUGGACGUAGUCGUGGACGUGGACGUGGACGUGGACCUGGACCUGGACGUCGACGUGGACGUGGUCGUGGACCUGGACCUAGACAUGGACAUGGACGUCGACGUGGACGUGGACGUGGUCCUGGAUGUGGACGUGGACGUGGUCGUGGACGUGGACGUGGACGUGGUCGUGGACGUGGACGUGGACGUGGACAUGGACAUGGACGUUGACGUGGACGUGGACAUCGACGUGGACGUGGAUCAGGACGUAGACGUGGACGUGGACGUGGAGGACGUGGACGUGGACAUGGACGUGGUCGUGGACGUGGACGUGGACGUGGACAUGGACGUGGACGUGGAUGUGGUUGUAGACGUAGUCGUGGACGUGGACGUGGUCGUGGACGAGGACGUGGACGUGGUCGUGGUCGUGGACGUGGAUGUGGACUUGGACGUGGUCGUGGACGAGGACGUGGACGUGGACGUGGUCGUGGAUCAGGACGUGGACGUGGACGUGGACGUGGACCUGGACGUGGACGUGGUCGUGGACGUGGAUCAGGACGUGGACGUGGUCGUGGACGUGGUCGUGGACGUGGACGUGGUCGUGGAUGUGGUAGUGGUCGUGGACCUCGACGUGGACGUGGACUUGGAGGACGUGGACGUGGACGUGGACGUGGAAGUGGUCGUGGACGUGGACGUGGUGGUGGACGUGGACGUGGUUGUGGACGUGGUCGUGGACGUGGACGUGGUCGUGGACGUGGACGUGGACGUGGACUUGGAGGAGGUGGACGUGGACGUAGACGUGGACGUGGUCGUGGACGUGGACGUGGACUUGGACGUGGACAUGGACGUGGACGUGGACGUGGACGUGGUUGUGGACGUGGACGUGGUCGUGGACGUGGACGUGGACAUGGAUGUGGACGUGGACGUGGAUGUGGAGGUGGACGUGGUCGUGGACGUGGUGGACGUGGACGUGGACGUGGACGUGGAGGACGUGGACGUGGACCUAGAGGACGUGGACGUGGAAGUGGACGUGGACGUGGACCUGGACGUGGACGUGGACUUGGACAUGGACGUGGACGUGGACGUGGUCGUGGACGUGGACGUGGUCUUGGACGUGGACGUGGACGUGGACUUGGACGUGGACGUGGACGUGGACAUGGUCGUGGACGUGGAUGUGGACCUCGACCUAGACGUGGAUGUGGACGUGGACGUGGACAUGGACGUGGUCAUGGACAUGGACGUGGACGUGGACGUGGACGUGGUCGUGGACGUGGAAGUGGACGUAGUCGUGGACGUGGACGUGGACGUGGACCUGGACCUGGAUGUCGACGUGGACGUGGUCGUGGACCUGGACCUAGACAUGGACAUGGACGUCGACGUGGACGUGGACGUGGUCGUGGAUGUGGACGUGGACGUGGUCGUGGACGUGGACGUGGACGUGGUCGUGGACGUGGACGUGGUCGUGGACGUGGACGUGGACGUGGACGUGGACAUGGACAUGGACGUUGACGUGGACGUGGACAUCGACGUGGACGUGGAUCAGGACGUAGACGUGGACGUGGACGUGGACGUGGACGUGGACAUGUUCGUGGACGUGGACGUGGUCGUGGACGUGGACGUGGACGUGGACAUGGACGUGGUCGUCGACGUGUACGUGGACGUGGACGUGGACCUGGACGUGGACGUGGACGUGGACUUGGACGUGGACGUGGACGUGGACAUCGACAUGGACGUGGACCUGGACGUAGACGUGGACGUGGACGUAGACGUGGUCGUGGACCUGGGCGUGGUCGUGGACGUGGUCGUGGACGUGGACGUGGACGCGGACUUGAACUUGGACGUGGACGUGGACGGGGACGUGGACGUGGUCGUGGACGUGGACGUGGACGUGGUCGUGGACGUGGACGUGGACGUGGUCGUGGACGUGGACAUGGACCUGGACGUGGACCUAGACGUGGACGUGGACUUGGACGUGGACGUGGUCGUGGACGUGGACGUGGAAGUGGACGUGGUCGUGGACGUGGACGUGGACGUAGUCGUAGUCGUGGACGUGGACCAGGACCUGGACGUGGACGUGGACGUGGUUGUGGACGUGGACGUGGUCGUGGACGUGGACGUGGACGUGGACGUGGACCUGAACGUGGACGUGGACGUGGACGUGGACAUGGACAUGGACGUAGACUUGGACGUGGACGUGGACGUGGACAUCAAUGUGGACGUGGAUCUGGACGUAGACGUGGAGGUGGACGUGGACGUGGACAUGGUCGUGGACGUGGACGUGGACGUGGACCUGGACAUGGACCUGGACGUGGACGAGGACAUCGACGUGGGCGUGGACCUGGACGUGGACGUGGACGUAGACUUGGUCGUGGAUGUGGACGUGGUGGUGGUCGUGGACGUCGACGUGGACUUGGACGUGGUCGUAGACAUGGACGUGGUCGUGGACGUGGACGUGGUCGUGGACGAGGACGUGGACGUGGUCGUGGUCGUGGACGUGGAUGUGGACCUGGACGUGGUCGUGGACGAGGACGUGGACGAGGACGUGGACGUGGACGUGGACGAGGAUGUGGUCGUGGACGUGGACGUGGACGUGGUCGUGGACGUGGACGUGGUCGUGGACGUGGACGUGGUCGUGGACGUGGACGUGGACGUGGACCUGGACGUGGACGUGGACGUGGACCUGGACGUGGACGUGGACAUGGACAUGGUCGUGGACGUGGACAUGGUCGUGGACGUGGACGUGGACGUGGUCGUGGACGUGGACGUGGUCGUGGACAUGGACGUGGACAUGGUCAUGGACGUGGACGUGGUCGUGGACGUGGACGUGGACAUGGACGUGGUCGUGGACGUGGACGUGGAAGUGGACGUGGACCUGGACGCGGACGUGGACGUGGACGUGGACUUGGACGUGGACGUGGACGUGGACAUCGACGUGGACGUGGACCUGGACGUAGACGUGGACGCGGACGUGGUCGUCGACCUGGACGUGGUCGUGGACGUGGUCGUGGACGUGGACGUGGACGUGGACGUGGACUUGGACUUGGACGUGGACGUGGACGGGGCCGUGGACGUGGUCGUGGACGUGGACGUGGACGUGGACGUGGUCGUGGACGUGGACGUGGACGUGGACGUGGUCGUAAACGUGGACGUGGAUGUGGAGGACGUGGACGUGGACGUGAAAGUGGAGGACGUGGACGUGGACGUGGAGGACGUGGACGUGGACAUGGACGUGGUCGUGGACGUGGACGUGGACAUGGACAUGGACGUGGACGUGGAUGUGGUCGUAGACGUAGUCGUGGACGUGGACGUGGUCGUGGACGUGGACGUGGUCGUGGUCGUGGACGUGGACGUGGACGUGGACGUGGUCGUGGACGUGGACGUGGUCGUGGACGUGGACGUGGACGUGGACGUGGACCUGGACGUGGACGUGGACGUGCACGUGGACGUGGACGUGGACGUGGUCGUGGACGUGGACCUAGACGUGGACGUGAACCUGGACCUGGACCUGGACGUGGACGUGGUCGUGGACAUGGACGUGGUCUUGGACGUGGACGUGGACCUGGACAUGGACGUGGACGUGGUCGUGGACAUGGACGUGGACGUGGUCGUGGACGUGGACCUGGACGUGGACGUGGACGUAAACGUGGACGUGGACGUGGACUUGGUCGUGGACGUGGACGUGGACGUGGUCGUGGUCGUGGACGUGGACGUGGACUUGGACGUGGUCGUAGACAUGGACGUGGUCGUGGACGUGGACGUGGUCGUGGACGAGGACGUGGACGUGGUCGUGGUCGUGGACGUGGAUGUGGACUUGGACGUGGUCGUGGACGAGGACGUGGACGUGGACGUGGUCGUGGAUCAGGACGUGGACGUGGACGUGGACCUGGACGUGGACGUGGUCGUGGACGUGGAUCAGGACGUGGACGUGGUCGUGGACGUGGUCGUGGACGUGGACGUGGUCGUGGAUGUGGUAGUGGUCGUGGACCUGGACGUGGACGUGGACGUGGACUUGGAGGACGUGGACGUGGACGUGGACGUGGAAGUGGUCGUGGACGUGGACGUGGUCGUGGACGUGGACGUGGUUGUGGACGUGGUCGUGGACGUGGACAUGGUCGUGGACGUGGACGUGGACGUGGACGUGGACUUGGAGGAGGUGGACGUGGACGUAGACGUGGACGUGGUCGUGGACGUGGACAUGGACGUGGACUUGGACGUGGACAUGGACGUGGACGUGGACGUGGUUGUGGACGUGGACGUGGUCGUGGACGUGGACGUGGACAUGGAUGUGGACGUGGACGUGGAUGUGGAGGUGGACGUGGUCGUGGACGUGGUGGACGUGGACGUGGACGUGGAGGACGUGGACGUGGACCUAGAGGACGUGGACGUGGAAGUGGACGUGGACGUGGACCUGGACGUGGACGUGGACUUGGACAUGGACGUGGACGUGGACGUGGUCGUGGACGUGGACGUGGUCUUGGACGUGGACGUGGACGUGGACUUGGACGUGGACGUGGACGUGGACAUGGUCGUGGACGUGGACAUGGACCUCGACCUAGACGUGGAUGUGGACGUGGACGUGGACAUGGACGUGGUCGUGGACAUGGACGUGGACGUGGACGUGGACGUGGUCGUGGACGUGGAAGUGGACGUAGUCGUGGACGUGGACGUGGACGUGGACCUGGACCUGGACGUCGACGUGGACGUGGUCGUGGACCUGGACCUAGACAUGGACAUGGACGUCGACGUGGACGUGGACGUGGUCGUGGAUGUGGACGUGGACGUGGUCGUGGACGUGGACGUGGACGUGGUCGUGGACGUGGACGUGGACGUGGACAUGGACAUGGACGUUGACGUGGACGUGGACAUCGACGUGGACGUGGAUCAGGACGUAGACGUGGACGUGGACGUGGAGGACGUGGACGUGGACAUGGACGUGGUCGUGGACGUGGACGUGGACGUGGACAUGGACGUGGACGUGGAUGUGGUCGUAGACGUAGUCGUGGACGUGGACGUGGUCGUGGACGAGGACGUGGACGUGGUCGUGGUCGUGGACGUGGAUGUGGACUUGGACGUGGUCGUGGACGAGGACGUGGACGUGGACGUGGUCGUGGAUCAGGACGUGGACGUGGACGUGGACGUGGACCUGGACGUGGACGUGGUCGUGGACGUGGAUCAGGACGUGGACGUGGUCGUGGACGUGGUCGUGGACGUGGACGUGGUCGUGGAUGUGGUAGUGGUCGUGGACCUCGACGUGGACGUGGACUUGGAGGACGUGGACGUGGACGUGGACGUGGAAGUGGUCGUGGACGUGGACGUGGUGGUGGACGUGGACGUGGUUGUGGACGUGGUCGUGGACGUGGACGUGGUCGUGGACGUGGACGUGGACGUGGACUUGGAGGAGGUGGACGUGGACGUAGACGUGGACGUGGUCGUGGACGUGGACGUGGACUUGGACGUGGACAUGGACGUGGACGUGGACGUGGACGUGGUUGUGGACGUGGACGUGGUCGUGGACGUGGACGUGGACAUGGAUGUGGACGUGGACGUGGAUGUGGAGGUGGACGUGGUCGUGGACGUGGUGGACGUGGACGUGGACGUGGACGUGGAGGACGUGGACGUGGACCUAGAGGACGUGGACGUGGAAGUGGACGUGGACGUGGACCUGGACGUGGACGUGGACUUGGACAUGGACGUGGACGUGGACGUGGUCGUGGACGUGGACGUGGUCUUGGACGUGGACGUGGACGUGGACUUGGACGUGGACGUGGACGUGGACAUGGUCGUGGACGUGGAUGUGGACCUCGACCUAGACGUGGAUGUGGACGUGGACGUGGACAUGGACGUGGUCAUGGACAUGGACGUGGACGUGGACGUGGACGUGGUCGUGGACGUGGAAGUGGACGUAGUCGUGGACGUGGACGUGGACGUGGACCUGGACCUGGAUGUCGACGUGGACGUGGUCGUGGACCUGGACCUAGACAUGGACAUGGACGUCGACGUGGACGUGGACGUGGUCGUGGAUGUGGACGUGGACGUGGUCGUGGACGUGGACGUGGACGUGGUCGUGGACGUGGACGUGGACGUGGACGUGGACAUGAACAUGGACGUUGACGUGGACGUGGACAUCGACGUGGACGUGGAUCAGGACGUAGACGUGGACGUGGACGUGGACGUGGACGUGGACAUGUUCGUGGACGUGGACGUGGUCGUGGACGUGGACGUGGACGUGGACAUGGACGUGGUCGUCGACGUGUACGUGGACGUGGACGUGGACCUGGACGUGGACGUGGACGUGGACUUGGACGUGGACGUGGACGUGGACAUCGACAUGGACGUGGACCUGGACGUAGACGUGGACGUGGACGUAGACGUGGUCGUGGACCUGGGCGUGGUCGUGGACGUGGUCGUGGACGUGGACGUGGACGCGGACUUGGACUUGGACGUGGACGUGGACGGGGACGUGGACGUGGUCGUGGACGUGGACGUGGACGUGGUCGUGGACGUGGACGUGGACGUGGUCGUGGACGUGGACAUGGACCUGGACGUGGACCUAGACGUGGACGUGGACUUGGACGUGGACGUGGUCGUGGACGUGGACGUGGAAGUGGACGUGGUCGUGGACGUGGACGUGGACGUAGUCGUAGUCGUGGACGUGGACCAGGACCUGGACGUGGACGUGGACGUGGUUGUGGACGUGGACGUGGUCGUGGACGUGGACGUGGACGUGGACGUGGACCUGAACGUGGACGUGGACGUGGACGUGGACGUGGACAUGGACGUAGACUUGGACGUGGACGUGGACGUGGACAUCAAUGUGGACGUGGAUCUGGACGUAGACGUGGAGGUGGACGUGGACGUGGACAUGGUCGUGGACGUGGACGUGGACGUGGACCUGGACAUGGACCUGGACGUGGACGUGGACAUCGACGUGGGCGUGGACCUGGACGUGGACGUGGACGUAGACUUGGUCGUGGAUGUGGACGUGGUGGUGGUCGUGGACGUCGACGUGGACUUGGACGUGGUCGUAGACAUGGACGUGGUCGUGGACGUGGACGUGGUCGUGGACGAGGACGUGGACGUGGUCGUGGUCGUGGACGUGGAUGUGGACCUGGACGUGGUCGUGGACGAGGACGUGGACGAGGACGUGGACGUGGACGUGGACGAGGAUGUGGUUGUGGACGUGGACGUGGACGUGGUCGUGGACGUGGACGUGGUCGUGGACGUGGACGUGGUCGUGGACGUGGACGUGGACGUGGACCUGGACGUGGACGUGGACGUGGACCUGGACGUGGACGUGGACCUGGACGUGGUCGUGGACGUGGACAUGGUCGUGGACGUGGACGUGGACGUGGUCGUGGACGUGGACGUGGUCGUGGACAUGGACGUGGACGUGGUCGUGGACGUGGACGUGGUCGUGGACAUGGACGUGGACAUGGUCAUGGACGUGGACGUGGUCGUGGACGUGGACGUGGACAUGGACGUGGUCGUGGACGUGGACGUGGAAGUGGACGUGGACCUGGACGCGGACGUGGACGUGGACGUGGACUUGGACGUGGACGUGGACGUGGACAUCGACGUGGACGUGGACCUGGACGUAGACGUGGACGCGGACGUGGUCGUCGACCUGGACGUGGUCGUGGACGUGGUCGUGGACGUGGACGUGGACGUGGACUUGGACUUGGACUUGGACGUGGACGUGGACGGGGCCGUGGACGUGGUCGUGGACGUGGACGUGGACGUGGACGUGGUCGUGGACGUGGACGUGGACGUGGACGUGGUCGUAAACGUGGACGUGGAUGUGGAGGACGUGGACGUGGACGUGAAAGUGGAGGACGUGGACGUGGACGUGGAGGACGUGGACGUGGACAUGGACGUGGUCGUGGACGUGGACGUGGACAUGGACAUGGACGUGGACGUGGAUGUGGUCGUAGACGUAGUCGUGGACGUGGACGUGGUCGUGGACGUGGACGUGGUCGUGGUCGUGGACGUGGACGUGGACGUGGACGUGGUCGUGGACGUGGACGUGGUCGUGGACGUGGACGUGGACGUGGACGUGGACCUGGACGUGGACGUGGACGUGCACGUGGACGUGGACGUGGACGUGGACGUGGUCGUGGACGUGGACCUAGACGUGGACGUGAACCUGGACCUGGACCUGGACGUGGACGUGGUCGUGGACAUGGACGUGGUCUUGGACGUGGACGUGGACCUGGACAUGGACGUGGACGUGGUCGUGGACAUGGACGUGGACGUGGUCGUGGACGUGGACCUGGACGUGGACGUGGACGUAAACGUGGACGUGGACGUGGACUUGGUCGUGGACGUGGACGUGGACGUGGUCGUGGUCGUGGACGUGGACGUGGACUUGGACGUGGUCGUAGACAUGGACGUGGUCGUGGACGUGGACGUGGUCGUGGACGAGGACGUGGACGUGGUCGUGGUC